UCGAAUAUGUUUCUUUCAGAUAUCUUCACGUUCAACUGUAACGAACGCAUGGGCUCGUUACGAGGAGCUCGCGUUGCGUUAAUCGCUUGUGGAUCUUUCAAUCCACCCACUUAUAUGCAUCUACGGAUGUUUGAGUGUGCUCGGGAUGUGCUGGAAAAGAAGUAUGGGUGCGAUGUUGUUGAAGGUAUUAUAAGUCCUGUGUCAGAUCAUUUCCCGAAACCAGGUCUCCUUCCUUCGAAGCACAGGUUGCGUAUGGUAGAGUUGGCCACACGUAAUUCGAACUGGAUCCAUGUUGAUGACUGGGAAUGCGCUCAGGGUACAUGGACGAGAACAAUUGCUGUUUUAAAGCAUUUCAAAAUGAUGCUAUCUAGAAGGGACAGUGGGAACACACAUUUAAUGUUGCUUUGUGGUGGAGACGUUGUUGAUUCUUUUACUAAGUUUACUCCGUCUGGAACUCAUUUGUGGGAGCCAGCUGAUGUGUCAGAAAUUAUCAGGGAUUUUGGUCUUGUCGUUAUUUAUCGCCGAAAUUCUCAACCACAGGCAACUUUCAGAAAGUUGUCGCUUGCUAAGCAGCUUCUGGACAAUGUGUAUGUAGUUAACGAUGACGUUUUACCAAACGAUAUUAGCUCUACAAGACUGCGAGCAGCAAUUAAAAGUGGUCAUUCUAUAAAAUACUGCACGGAUGAUGCUGUCAUUGAGUAUAUAGCAAGCAAUGGUCUUUACCGAGGGGCAGAUGAUGAGAAAGUUGUAGAUAGUAAUGAAAGAGAAAAGCUUAUUUCGGAACCAUCGGUUAGGUGA